AUGUUUCGUGGUUAUCGGAUUGCUCAGUUACUGAUGGAAAAACCAGAAUUAGAUUAUUGUUUGCUUUCAGCAGAUCACUCUGUAUGGUAUUAUAUCGACAAUGCUCUAUCUCCAAUUAUGCUGGAAAAAUUCCAUCAGUUCCACAUCGAUGAAGAUGUUCACAUAUUUCUGAAUAAUUCUCUUAAAAUCAGUAAUUCGAUAUGCUUACAGGUUUAUUAUUCUUUAUUCACUUCUUUAUUGUCAUUUAUAUUCACAAAGACAAGUAUUAAUGGUAUUCUUGGACGAGGUGGCAUGCAUUUGUUUUCUCUUAAUCAGUUACAGGAAUUUUUGGAUAUUCCAUCUGAUUGGAUUUCCUUUGAUAAGCGACUCUUGGAUUUGGGAGCUGGAGACGGUCAGAUAACUGCAACUCUGGCGCGUUUGUAUAAUUUUGUUUCAGUUACAGAAGCUUCAAAAGUAAUGGAAUGGCGCUUGAAACAACGAAGAUUCAAAACUAUUCCAGUUGAUUCGUGGCACCAAUAUGGAAAUUACCAUUUAGUUUCAGCACUAAAUUUGCUUGACCGUCAUUAUAACCCAUCAUUGCUCUUAGCUCGUUUACAUUCAGUGACUUCACGAUCGAAAUCUUUACUAUUGUUAGCAGUCGUGCUACCGCUGUACCAAUAUGUCGAAUUCCAUCCUACCGGUUCAACAACUCGACCAGGCAACAUCGAACUUGUUAUAAAAGGCAGGACAUUUGAGGAGCAAGCAAUUUCAAUAGUGAAAGAUGUUUUCGAACCAUCAGGAUUUGAAUUACUUAAAUGGGGAAAGCUGCCUUAUUUGUGUGAAGGAGAUUUUAGAAGACCCUUCUACCACCUCGAUGAUGCUGUAUUUUUGCUCAAACCAGUUACUGAUGGUUUAUAUAUAAAUGACUACACAAGUGACACCUCGACAAUUCUCACACCUAAUCGUGAUCUUAUUUCACUUUAA